GUACCCGGCGUCUCCGAUAAUUAACCUCACUUAGCGUCCUGCCAACACCUUCCUUUCCCGCCGACAACGAUAUUCCAUCCCCGUUGCCUACUAAGUAAAUUUGUAUACUCUUCCAUUGAGCUCAAUCCACUAUACCUGAUCCCACUAGUACUACGUCAUCGUCCGACGUUCGCGAAUUGUAAGGGCUUGCCGCGAGUGACGAUGCCCACUAGGUCUACCAACACCUACUCAGAAACGCCGGCCAUCGAUGCAGGCUCUGUCGAUAAGACGGUGAAGAUCGAGCUCAUUCCUGAAGUAGCUGAGCUCAGCCUUUCGAUCUCGACGCCGGAACCGAGCCUGCGAAGGUCGACCAGAAAGCGAACCAUCUUAUCAGUCAAGGAGGAAAGUGACACCGAAGAUACUCCUGCAAAUUCCACUUCGAAAAGACGUGUGCGAAGGAAGGAUGCAAGCAAGCAAGAGGCUAACGAUGGCGACGUACUUCCCACCCUUCGGUCGACCGGAACACCCAAGAUUGCUGCGAAGCGCAAAGUAGCACGAAAAACAACAUCGUUGAGCCCAACCAAAGUCAAAAGGGAAUAUGCUCCGCCUGAAGCAUACGCUCACCUCGAGUAUCUAACAGACUACUUGAAGGAGCAUUUAGAUGUAAUGUUCUGCGGCAUCAACCCGGGUUGCGUAUCAGCCGCGGUUGGUCACCACUUUGCGCACCCCACGAACCACUUCUGGCGUGCAUUGCACCUCUCGGGCUUCACUGAUCGACUACUUAAGCCUUCCGAAGAUUCGACUCUCCCAAAAUCGUAUAACACGGACCUCGUCGCACGCCCUAGUGCAGAGCAAGCAGAGCUGUCAGUCGACGACAUGCACACCGGCGUCCCCGUGCUAUUAGCUAAGAUCGUACGCUACAUGCCGCGCGUCUUGUGCUUCGUGGGGAAACAAAUCGGCGAGACCUUCCUCACUCAGGCGCUCUCCGUCACAUCUUCAUCGCCCAGCGGUGAACUAGAGCUCGCUGCAGAGACUGAGGCCCCCGGAACGGCGGACAAGACAAAGAAGCAGGCGAAGCCCAAGAAGCCCAAGUUCGCGAAUGGCUUCCAGCCAUACAAGGUCGUCCACGCACCAGGUAGCAUCGUGCGCGAGACACUGUUCUUUAUCAUGCCGAGCACAUCCGCUCGCGUCACAGGAUAUCAGUUGCAAGACAAAGCGAACAUCCUGCGGACGCUGUAUGACGAGGUGCAACGCAUGAAGGCGGGCGAGGGCAUGGACACCUGCAACAUGCGUGUAAUCGGGCUGCCUGCCGUCAAGGCGGAGCCGUAGGUAGCGGGCGAAGGACAUGGAUUAAAGGAUGAGUUGUUUCUUCGCUGUGCGUAUCUCUGCUACUUUACUUUGAUUAUAAAAUUGCACCGUGAUUGUCUAGUAGGUCUAGCGUACAAUUUUCAGGUCAACUGGCUUUGUUCAUGCCUGUUCGCGCCAACCUGGCUGCUUCUGCCGUCGCGACGGGAGUUGGCAGUGUCCGUUAGAAAGUUGCGCUGUACACCUUCGUAAC